CACAGGGAACCCCAAAAGUUCCCUCUUAUGCUCACUGCUGAUUGAGGAGGAUCAGAAAUGAUCAGUAAUAAAAUGGAAUUUCACUCACUGUGAUGUGCAGCCAGCGAGCAGCUUCAACUUGUUCUGUUCUGUGAACUAUUGGACAUUCCGCAGCAGAUUGACACUCCAUGGGAGCCUGGCAGCCCAGAGCUAGUAGGACCACUUCAGCUGCUCAGAAACAUGCUCAUCCGGGAGUUCGAAAUGGUAGUAUGCUGUAUGAUCAGUAGGAUGGAGAUUUAUUACCUGAGUAUGAGAGCUGUGGCUCAGCAGAUGGGGAAGAAACAGGAGUAUGAGGCUUUGCUGGCGGACAACCAGCACAACCAAGCUGUUCAACCCCCUCUAGGAGCCAUGGAUUUUGACGUCAAGAAAUGGCAGCUAGACACAUUUCUUGUUUACUAUGUUGUGCUGCUCAGGCUGUUGGAGAGCACAAAAAGGACAGAUCUGAUCAGUGGAGGAUAAACAGGGAAACGAGUGUGGUGAUGUCAGAGCAAGCCCAGCAUGACAUGGCCCUCCCCACAGGUACACCACACACUGUUGUACUGAGCAGACUCAUCAGAAAGCAAUGCCCACUGCGGGAGGCUGGGAACUGAGCCUGGCUUUCACAGAAAGGAGCAGUCUAAACUUUAAGGGUGUACAUCCAGAAGCAUGAAGUCAAGGGCUUAAAUGUCCAUAUGCUACAUGGAUUGAUUUCUCUGUAUGUUCAGAAUCUGGACACAAGAUAAACAUGACAAUUAUAAAAGAUUGUUUAUUAUUAACUUGACAACUUCUUAUUUGUGCUUAAAUACAUUGUUGGGGACGGGGGGCAACUUCAUCUAGUGGUGUGGAAAAGAGAAUGAAGGACACAUACAAAACACACAAAUAUAUAUUAAUGUUAAUAUAACACUAAAUGGAAAAACUAAAAAUGGACAAUGAAUAAUAAGUCAUUUUUAAUGUCUAGGAGCUUAGAGGUAGCACAUCAUUAAUAUAUGAUGAUGAUGAUGAUGAUGAUGAUGAUGCAGGGGUUCCCGCAGAUGAUGUUCCCCAUGGUCCACCUGCAGGAGUGUAUGACUGACCCUGGCUGUGCUAUGAUGAGUAGUGAGUGCAGUAGCUUCCUGCUUUACUUCCAGUUCUACAAGCACCUACUACAACAGCAGGGCAAACUGCUCUAUCAAGUAUUCUCCUCAUCUCAGCACUCAUUCUGUGCUCUGUCUACAGAGAUCCUCUAAAUAAUGUUUAGCUAAUUGUCAAGAACAUAAAGAAGUUUGAAACUACAGUUGCAAUCAAACAAUUGCUACAAUAAGAUAUACAGUGGGCCAGCAUACAGACCCCCAAUAAUUCAAAGAAAGACCAGUAAUUGGAUGUAUUGGAUGAAUAAUUGGAACCAACUCUCUAGUAACUUUCCUCUCCUUCAGGUACUCACAGUUUCAUUUAUUUUUAUCAAGCUGCACCUUCUAUAUAUGUAUAUGUUUCUAUUUCUAUAUCUGCAGGAUAUUACGACACUGUCCUCUAGCAGAGAUAGUAGCAGAAAUACACUAUAUGGCCAAAAGUAUGUGGACACCUGACCACAUACGUCACUCUCCAUCCCACGUCGUCUAAAUCGCUUCUGUUUUGUGCCGUAGAAACAACAUAACUUGUUCCCAUCUUUAGACAUUAGCUAUGUUUCGACACGAGAACGAUUGGAGAGCUACGCAGUACUGAUCGCACAACUGUGCUCUCGCGAUACUUUGGUGUAUAGUUAUGUUGUUUCUUUCUACGGCACAAAACAAAGCGGAGAGUGACGUCAGCGCUCCCGAAAACGUUCUUCUUGUGUCUCAUGAAGGGAAGUUACACCGUUUGUUUUAAGGGCUCAAACCGGAACAAAUCGAACACA